AUGGUUUUUCCCUCCCUCAAAUUUGUGACCUUUGGUCUCGUAGCCAUGGGUGGAAUUGUUGGCGCACACCCGGGGGACGAUGAAUUCAUUCACCCAGCCGAUGUGGGCCGGCGUCAGCUCGAGACAACUGGACGGCAUAUCCAAGCGCGCAACUGUGCUCCACAAAUUGCGACCCAUAUCGCUGCUCGCAAGGCCAAGCGCGCUCUCGCCGGCAAACCUCGCAUGCACCGUCGCGGAAUUGACAGUUUACCUCAAGGUACUUCUCCUUGGCGCCGUCAUGGUCAAAUUGUCGCUCGAGCAGUGGGUGAUGCUACUGCUGACGCUCCAACAUACACUAACAUCCAAAAUACCACUUGCGUGACUGCACCUGAAGUUACGGAGGGGCCUUAUUAUAUCAAUAACGAGCUCGUGCGCAACGACAUCCGUGAGGACCAGGGUGGUAUCGACUUGCUCCUUGAUAUCGGUGUCAUCGACACCACAACAUGCCAGCCCUUGGAGGAUGCUUUCGUAGAAAUCUGGUCCUGCAACGCUACCGGCUCCUAUGCAGGCUUCACUCAGGUCAGCCUUGGCCCUCCUCCCAAUAACACGGCACCACUGCCAACCGGGACAGAAACUGCUACCACGACCCGUGGCCCCCCUACCGGCGGUCCUGGAGGUCCUGGAGGCCCUGGCGGACCGCCUCCAUCCCAAGGAAUGAGCGAUCAGCUUACAUUCUUGCGCGGCGGUGCUCCGACCAAUGAGAACGGUAUUCUAGAGUUCAAGACUAUUUACCCUGGAUUCUAUACCGGCCGAACCAUCCAUAUCCAUGCUAUGGUUCAGACCAACUAUACCGUCUUCUCCAACGGCACUGUCGCAUCCAAACUCGGAGAUCUACACCACAUUGGUCAGAUAUUCUUCGAUGAUGCUUUGAACGACCAAGUGGUUUCACUUCCAACCUAUUCAAACACUACCCAGACUCGUACCCUGAACGAGCAGGAUGGGAUUCUUCAAGGUGCUAAUACCGGCGGAUACAACACAUAUGCCGAUGCUGAAUUGUUUGGAGAAUCAAUCGAGGAUGGCGUUCUCGCGUACAUCACUAUUGGUGUCGAUACCUCACGUCACGUCAAUAUCAGCAGCACCAACUAUGCUCAGACGAUUACGUGGGAGGCCACUCCCACUACUGGGCUGUUCUGA